AUGCUUAAUGCCGAACUCGUCGAUAAAACCUUUGCGACCUUUUUAUUCGUAAUCGAGGCCGAUUGGUUGGUUGAGAAGUUAAGUAUUAAGGUUAAGAAGUUGAAGUUAAGUGUUAAGGUUAAGAAAUUGAAAUUAGGUGUUAAGGUUAAGAAGUUGAAGUUGGGUGUUAAGGUUAAGGUUAAGAAGUUGGGUGUUGAGGUUAAGGUUGAGAAGUUGGGUGUUAAGGUUAAGAAGUUGAAUUGA